AUGCCCUCUGGGAAAACAGUUAAGCUUCUACUGUAUGAGGUGCUUGAGUUCACAUGCCUGUGUGUGCCAGUGUUUGUGGUUCUGGAGCGUUUUGCAUCUCUUAUGAGGACUGUGAAAUUCAAUGACACCACAGCCUACUGGUUAGUGGUGGCAUCAUCUAUAGCGUAUGUGACUUCUGUAUCUUUGUUGAUUUGGGUGCCACUGAAGUUUUUAAUCCUGAAGUCCAGAGGAGUUUUCAAAGACAUUACUAAAUGGAGACCUGUGCCCCUGGCUUACGUGAUUCUUUGUACUUUACCAUGUUUUGCCAUACUACUUGCCAGCUCAAAGGUUCAGGUAAUCUCAGGAAUUCACUCUGACACAUUCAGUGAGCUUCCUGUCUCACUUGUGCUGCUAGCUCUCAUCUGUGUGGACAUUGUAGAGAGAAUUCGUCCAUAUCGACUGACAGGUCAAGCCAAUGGUUUGGACUCAGACUUCAAUAAUACUGGUCCUGUGCUGACGUACUUGGAGCAGGUUUUCUCUGUUUCUACACAGCUGAAUGCUAAUGGAGAUGCCAACAGCUCAGUGCUAAGAUCAGAGGCUGGAACACCAUCAGGACGCUUUGACAAAAUGGAUGGUGUCUCACAUUCCACCAGUAUGGCCUAUUUAUACUCCUCCCACUCUCACUCAGGUCCACUUUACUUUCUGUGGGUCCAAGACCCUCGGCAUGAAGUUUUCUUGGACACUUUUAUGUUCUGGCUGGACGUGGUGGAAAUGGUUAGGGUGACCGGAUUUGCAGCGGUCUACUUCUCAAAUUGGGUCUUUCCCAUCUACAUCAUGACCUUUUUCUCUAUUCUACGUGUGGUGGUAGCUCCCAACAGUCCGAUCCUGGCUUUGCUGGGAGUGCUAACACAGGAUCUACCAUUUCUGAUCAUACGAAUCUGCCUAAUAAGCAUCUUUGGUUAUGUGACCCCAGUACUGUACAUCAUAAAAAAUCUGCUUCUGUGUCUAAUUUUUGUGUACUUUUUCUUCUUAACCAAGUUAAAGGUAUUCAACAGAGGAAGCAUGUUCUGA